GGCUCGUCGCAGCAGAAGCCCAAGGACUACAGUUCCCGGCAGGCCCCGCGGCGCGGCAGUCCAUUAGCCCGCUCCCGUCACGUGACGAGGGAAGCUGCGCACGCAUGCCGCCGGAUGACCGCGGAGGAGGAUCCAACGGACGCUGAGGUGGGGGGGGCAGGGAGCAAGAAAAAGGACCCCGAUAGGUGCGAUAAAAAUCUCCGCCAGGCGAUGACCUGUGGAUGGGUCCCCCACCCUGGCAGCCGGGGGCAGCGGUGACCUCGAGCCCUGGCGCUGCCCUCUCCUGGGGGGGACAUGGGCUGGAGCCGCCGCCUGUGGCUAGGCUCCCCCCGCUGCACAGCCCCGACCCCUGACUGGAGACAGGAGGUGCCCCGCAGGAUGCCCUGGGCCGCUCGGGAUCAGGGGCUGGUCAGCUUCACGGGCACAGCACUGCCAUGCACCCACCAGCCGCCCCAUGUGGCAUCACUGGCCCUCAAACGCCGCCUGGAGAAGGAGGAACAGCAGCCCUGCCCAAAGCAGUUCCUGUCGGAGGAGAAGAUGGCGGCUCGUUUCAACACUCUGAGCUUGGAGAACGACCAUGUCUACAGCGGCAACGGGUUGCCCGCCCGGGGUCCAGCGCCUGACCCUGCCUGGGCGCAGUGGGUGCAGGAUUAUGCCAGCUGCCCGCAGCCGGAGCAGAGGCUGCCCCCGGCUGGAGGGAGCGAGGACGCUGGCGGGGCAGAGGCCGAGGGGGGCAGCGUGGUGCUGGAGGGGGAGUUCAGCAUGGCCGACUGCACCCCCCUGCAGUACCUGAGCCCCUCCGCGGAACUGGUGCUGUGGACCCCCCCGGGGAGCCAGGUGCCCCACUCCAUCCGGACCCUCAUGCUGGGCCAGGGGGUGCAGCUGGAGGAGAUGGAGCUGUGAUGCCAGACCGUUCCCCGUCCCAGCUGGAGAGACGCUGGGUACGACUCACCCCGGACAGACCCUGUCCCCCACGCUGCGAGCUUCUCCCUGCAGCAGUGCCCCCCACAAGACAAACUGUACUGGUUGUUGUGUCUCUCCCGCUGCCCGGGGGUCAAUAAAGGACAGAGCCCUGAG